AUGACGUCACCCACGUCGGCGGACGGGAAGGUGCGCUCCAUUCUUCUGCGGGCGGUGUCCGCCGGGGAGAUCAAGCUGCACCCCUCCCUGGCCGAGCAGCAGCAGCAGCAGCAGCAGACGGCCUCCCUGGAGCAGCUGGUGGAGUGUCCGCUGUGUAAGGGCCGCAUGAAGGACCCCCGCAUGCUGCCAGCCUGCCAGCACUCUUUCUGCAAGGACUGUCUCGUCAGAGUCGCCAGGGACGCAAGGAGCGUGUCUUGCCCGGUGUGCGGCGCCGCGAGCUCGGUGCCCGUGGGCGGCGCCGCCCACCUGCCGGGCAACCUGUACGUGGGCUCGCUGCUGCGCCUGCUCGCGGGCGACCAGAACAAGCUGCAGCUGCAGGCCUGCAACCACUGCGGCCAGCCUGCCGCUAGUAAGAGGAACCACUCCUCGUCUGCUCCACAGAGCUUCUGCGACACCUGCUGGUCCAGCCACACCACGGCGCUGGAGGACCAGCUGUCCCACAUGCGUUCCCAGGUGCUGGAGGCCGCAGAGGGCAUCGACCGCAAGGAGGCAGACUUCAAGGAGCGGUGCGAGCGGGCGAGAGCGCAGCUGGCCGCCGCCGUGGACGGCCGCGUGGCCGAGCUGCGCCGCCUGCAGCGGGAGGCGGACCAGCGGCUCAGCGAGGCCCAGGGCGGCGCCGCGGGGGCGGCGGGGGCGCUGCGGGGGCGGCUGCAGGGCGCCGCGGCGCGCCUCGCCGACGCCUUCCGGGGGCUGCAGCUGCGCCACGACAAGGUGGACGCUUUCUUGACGCUGCACGGAGAGGCGGCGAACCUGGUGGAAGAAGCGUCCAGCUGGAGCGGCGGGCAGCUGGCCUUCAACGCGCAGACCUUGGAGCUCAGCAUACGCGAGGAGGCGGCCGGCAGCCAGACCCCGCCUGAGGGGAGCGGGGGCUCCGUCGAGAACCUGGCCAGCAGCGCCGCCUACAGGAGCGCGCCGCGGCUGUGUCUGCGCAAGCACUGGCUGCGGCGGCCGGGCGCGGUCUGCUGGUGCCCGUGGGCGGCGGCGCGGCACCUGCUGUACGUGGCGGCGCGCGACGGAGAGCUGCUGGCCGUGGACGCCGCCACGGGACGCCUCGCCUCCAGACUCACCGUCGACGGCCUGCUCUGCCCCGCCGGCGUCGCCUUCUCCGGCGACAGGUGCUACGUCACAGACAAGUACGCCCACUGCGUGCACGAGCUGGACGCGGAGGGCCGCGUGGUGGCGUCGCUGGGCAAGAAGGGCGGCGCGCCGGGCCAGUUCCGCAGCCCCGAAGGGCUCGCCGUAGCCGCCGACGAGGCGGGGGGAACCCUGCUCUACGUCUGCGACACCGGCAACGACCGCCUGCAGGUGCUGCGGCCAGACGGGACGGUGGUGCGCGUGUUGGGCGUCAGGCCGCUGGAGGACCAGCCCGGCGUGCUGCAGACGGAGUUCGACCAGCCGACUGGCGUGGCGGCGUCGCGGGACAGGGUCGCCGUCGCAGACAGCGGCAACAACAGGGUCAAGGUGUACAACACGGAGGGUGAGAAGAUACUGGAGCUGUCCGGUGAGAACGGCCCGUUCAACUGCCCCGAGUGCGUGGCCAUCGACCGUAGCGGCAGGAUCAUCGUGGGCGACAGCGGCAACCAGCGCGUGCAGACUAAGGGAGGCGGCGCCGUGUGCCGGCAGGUGUUCAGCGAGGACGGGCGGCUGGUGUGCUCGCUCGGGGGCCGCAGCUCGGGCAUCGGCUGGGUGUCCGGCGUGGCCGCCAGCGGCGCCGGGGAGCUGGCCCUCGCCGACGGCUCGGCGCACGCCCUCUACGUCUUCUGA